AUGGACGAGAUUAAAGUUCCGAGGAGUUUCAAGCUGCUAGACGAGCUCGAGCGCGGCCAGAAGGGUUCCGUCAGCGAGUGGGUCUCCUUCGGGCUGGAGCGGCCGGACGACAUCACGCUGUCGAACUGGUCGUGCACCAUUCUGGGCUACCCAGGAACCGUGUUUGAGAACAGGAUCUACUGUCUCGAAGUGUACUGCGGCGAGCAAUACCCGGACGUGCCGCCGGUGGUCAAGUUCCUGACGCGCAUCAACCUGCCCGGAGUCGACCAAUUUGGCAACGUCAUGGCGAACUACUUCCCCGGGCUCAAGAACUGGAAGCGCACGAGCUCCAUCGAGGCCGUGCUGGUUGACAUCCGGCGCCACAUGGCAAUGCCAGCCAACAGGCGCCUGCCGCAACCCGAGGAAGGCGAUUGCUACUGA